CAAGCUAUUGGUAGUUCUUUCCGUUUGCGCGAAUUGUUCCUCGGGUUGUUAACCGGGUUGUGAAUUGUGGUGCGUCAGUACCAUAUUGGUUCGUCUUAAAAAUUACUCGGGGGUUACUGUUCGGUAGUUGCCCCAUUACUUGUUUUAUUCUAUUCCACUUAAGUGAACAUAUCCGAUUGAUGAUAUAUCUUUCUUCCGCAUUUGCAUAUGGAAAGUGGGUCAGUGUUUUUUGCGCUAAUUUGUAUUUUUUUACCUCUUCUUUUUUGUGUUCAUUUAAAUAUGCCUGUGUGGGUGUGCGUAUUCUCGGAUUACGAUCUUUGAACCUGAAUAUGACGACACAGUAAUGGACAGCUUCGCAACGGCGAAUCCUUUUACAAACAUCAAGGAUUAAAUUUGAAGAAGAAGAAGAAGAUUUCGCUCGCGGAGCGGAAUCUAGAUGCUGGAUAGGACGAGGGAAUAGAGAAGAAAAGAAGAGCGCGAGAGAAGAAACAGAAAACGCAGACGUAUCAGACUCAAACAAAAACCGAGUUUAAGAUAAGGGAAGAAAGAGGGAUGGGCGCUGGGAUGGGUAGGAGUGGCACGAGCGGCGGUCUUCUCGAGGCACUUCCCACGGGAACCCCGUUUCACGUGGCGAUGCUUGGCCUCGAUAGUGCCGGAAAGACAACUGCCCUGUACAGACUCAAAUUCGAUCAAUAUCUCAAUACUGUGCCGACUAUCGGUUUUAACUGCGAAAGAAUUCGCGGUGGCAUCGGAAAAGCUAAAGGUGUUAAUUUCCUUGUAUGGGACGUCGGUGGACAGGAAAAGUUACGGCCAUUAUGGAAAUCAUACACAAGAUGCACAGACGGUAUCAUUUUCGUCGUUGACUCCUGCGACACCGAGAGGCUUGAAGAGGCGAAAAUGGAACUUACUAGGACAGCGAGGAGUCCAGACAAUGCGAAUGUGCCGAUUCUAAUUCUCGCCAACAAACAGGAUUUACCUGGUGCGAAGGAAGUCAGCGAACUGGAAAAGCAUUUGGGAGUGUUAGAACUAACUGGUAUGCCUGGUAGUUCUUGUAUUCGUGUACAACCAGCGUGUGCUAUUACGGGUGAAGGACUCCACGAAGGUUUAGACACGCUAUAUCAAUUGAUUUUAAAGCGACGCAAGCUGGCUAAAUUGAAUCGGAAACGAGCCAGGUAGGCCAGGGCAUCGGAAGACUGCACAUGCGUCUUCUGAUAUUGUCAGUAGCGGACAGUUUCUUUUCUAGCAACAUUUUUCACUACUUCCACUUUAUUUUUCUUUCCCAAUUGUGAUGAAGAAAUAACCCAGUGACUUGAAAGAGACCAAUGGUGUCAAUCAUCUCUUUUUAAUUUUUAUUUGCGUUAAAACUAACGAUGUUGAAGCGAUGCAAAGCUUGCAUUGAGCUUUUGUAUGUGCGUGUAUGUAUGUUUGUACAUAUAACUAUACAUAUAUCAAUUAUAGAGCUGCAUUGAUAUAAAAAAAAAAUGAGAAUGAGGGAUUUUAACGAUUGUUGUUCCUCGUUCUAUAUUAGAUUGUUGCAUAUAAGAUAUGAAUU